UUUGGUCGGAUGCAUCGAUCUCCCGGCCAAGCCAACGUAGCCACCUUUCCCUCCUCUUCAUUUUUAGCUUCCUUCGGAACCUCAAGUCACUCAGGGUCGUCGUCCAUUAAGAACUGGGCUUUCUUUCGGUGCUCUGAUGGUUGUCUAAUAGUGCCAACGUGUUUUAGAUGCCGGAAGAGGCUUAUACGAAGUCCACAAACCUCCGCACGGAGUCCGCUUUAAGCGUAAAAAUGUAAAAUUUUUGUCCUUUUUUAAUGCAAACCUUAUUAUACAAUCCUUCUGAUAUUGAUAGCAACCGAUUGAUUAACACAUCAUAUCAUUGAUUUAAUUGCUCUAAAUUUAUUCCCAGCAAUUGAACUGCAGUUUGUCAUUUUAUGUCAAAUGAUUUUGGAACAAAGUCUUCAGUGAUAUUAAUUAUAAAUAAAAACGAACUGAAAAGCUAAUCUAAAGUUACAUUACAAAAGCAAAGGUGUUGUUAAAUCCCUUCCCUCUUGGUUGGUUAGUGUUAAUGUGUGUCCACGGCACACAUUGGUCACCCUGGAAAAGAAGUGCACACCAUAAUGCUAAAGAUCCUCACUAUUAUCAAGCCGGCAAAUAUUGCACACCCUUGCAAAUGAGCUCUAGAAUUCGCAAAGCACAUAGGGCACAAAAUCUGUAACGCACUGCCGAGCCACUCGUUGCAUUUCAGUUCCUGUCGUACGUUCAAACUGUAACAAUGUGCACCUCAUCUGCAGUGUAUCUGGCGCUUCUGGUUGCGCUUACCUUUCUCGCCGCCGUGUCAACGGUCGAUGGCGAUGCUGCAGCUCAGCCACGCCAAAAACGCUUCCUAAUAUUUCCCCGUGCCAAUCCGCAACGUUUGCAGAUGAUCGGCGGCUUCGGUAUACCGGCCGACAUCCAGCUAGAAUCCGUCACGAUGGGGUACGUGUUUAAGUCGGUCUAUUUAUUGCCCUGGAACUCGUCCCACUGGAUACCGCCGUUUCUCGAUCGGCACGAGUUGGAGACGGAACGGGUACUGCGUCGGCGGGCUGCCGUACCAACGACGAUGCCGCCACUGGUGUUGGCACCCCAGUCGCAUGCCGAGCCGCCCUACGAACGGUACGAUGGGCGGUGGCAGGAGCUGGACACUGAAUCGUUGCCAACAUCGCCACCGGAGCAACCAGGACGCUCACCUCACCAGCAGCAGCAGCAGCAGCAUCACUCCCGUUGGACGUUCUAUCGUAUGCUGGAGCAAUUGUUUGAGCAUAAAGGUUUCGAUGGUCGGAGCUGUGUGUUGCGUGCCAUUUGUGAAGCAUCGGAAGCACGCUUUACCCACACGAGCGGGCUGAUCGGGGAACUGUUGCACAUUGCCUUUACGCCAUCGGCCACGGAGGAUGCCGUCGCGGAAUCGCACCAUUCGCUGUACGGGCAGGCGGAAACGGUUCCGGACAGCAUGAGUGCCAGCAGCGGCCAAUCGGUUUGCGCGGCCAUGUACGCCGAAUGUUCGCUUUCGCUGUUGGGCUCGUUUUCGGACGUUUUUGCGUGACGAAGGGAACUGUUUCUAUUAUUGUGUAUUUUGAAGGAUUUAAACUGAAGAGUUUCUUUAAGUGUUAAGCUGAUUGCAUUCGUUUUAAGCAUGCAUGCGUCCUGUUGCAUUUUUCAAACCUGCCAGUUUUAUUGAUAACGAUAUUGAUAAGUAAAUUAAAUGUAAUAAAA